AUGUCAUUUACAGCUGAAGAACAAGCGCUUAUUGAAAAGGCUUUUGAGUUAUUAAAGAACGAAAACGCAGCUAGUAAAAUUGUUAGAGACCAGUGGCUUACUCCAUAUGAUGCUUAUUCUCAGUUUAUCGCAACAGUUAAAACAAAAUUUGGUAAAGACGAAGCACUUGCGAAAUAUCUUAAAGAAGUUUAUAAUACAGAUUCAAUAGAUGAUGCUCUUACACCAAAAGUAAUGUUCGAAUUAGCACUUACAAAUUUAAUCAACACAUUUCUUAAGAAAUAA